AUUGAUCCGCGCAGAUGACAUGUCAGCGCGGCGCGAGCUUUGUAACACCCCGCUGCCUCGUACCACUUUUGGUGUGUUUGGCUUCCCAUAAUAUGCUACAAUGGAAGAGAGUAAGUUUACCCGUGUCCGUGAAGAGAAAUCCGGCCAUGUGAUGCGAAAACUGCCGACAGCAUCCUGAAUCAGGAUCAUAAAUAAUGUAGAAGCAUCAGCAGGUCCCGGUGGGGGCUUAUAUUGCAUUGCUCUGAGUCUUGCUAAUGAUAGUGAGAGCGGGAGAGAGAGAGAGAAAGCAAAGCAGAGAGAGAUCUGAGCGUGUCCCGGAGCAGUCGGAAAACUCACACUGAGAAGACCUGCAGCCAAUCCUUGCUUCUGUGAGGUUUAUGGGACACGGGAUCACAGCGAAUAAAGGAAGGCGGGCCGUACAGGAGAGAGAGAAAUCACCGGGGCUGAUAAGUAGGGUCCAGUUUGUCUCCAUCUCUCUCUCCAUCAACUCUCUCUUUCAGCAUGGAGCCCAACAGCCCCAAGAAAAUUCAGUUUUCCGUUCCACUCUUCCAGAGCCAGUUGGAUCCCCAGGCGGCCGAGCAUAUUCGCAAGCGCAGACCAACUCCAGCCACAUUGGUCAUCUACAAUGAGCCCAGUGCAUCAGGAGAUGACAAGCAGACUACAGGAAAUCAAACAGAGGCCCAGAGUGCCCAGCUGUCUCCAGCCCAGAGGAAACAGAGCGUCUACACGCCACCGACCAUGAGAGAGCUGCAGCUGGUGGUGGAGCAGCACUUUCAGAGGCAGGAGCAGCAGGAGGCGGGGCUCUCUGACAGCCCAGACACGCCCAGUCCAAUCACAGCACAGCAUUUUGCCAGCGAAGCUCAGUGGGCCAAUCACAACAGCUCAGAGCCCAAUGGCAAUGAGUCUUAUGUCAGUACUGAGGGGCAGCCAGGCAGCAGUGGGGCCGGGGGUAGAGAGCACAGCGAUAGCCAGCUAGAGGAAAGGGAGAGUCAUCAUCCUCCGAGGCUCUCUCAAAAACACCUGGACACACUGUCAGAGGAACCCGGAGACCCGUCACCACGACGCAAAGACACACCGUACCAGCACCAGCCACCAUUCGUCCCUGGGGUAAAGGUGCUGAAAACACAAACAGAUCCUACUUCACUUUUCCAGGAGGAAGAGGAGAACAGCGGAGAACGGAAAGACAGUCAGACUGAGUAAAACUGGCUAAAUGACAUGAGGAAGUGACAUCAUUUAUAAUAUUGUUUUGGAGCUGUUUUUUUUUUUUUUUUUUUUUUUUACUUUGUUUUUAUGUAACGUUUUUUUUUCAGUGAUUAAAAUGGUUUGAAAGUAAAUUUCAUUGUGCAGAUGUUGACAAUAAAUAUAGUCAUGCAAUUUCAUUACAAAAUACUUUUCACUCCAAAAGGUGGGGUCCAAACGCUGAGACUGCAAACUUUAUAGGCUAUAUAUAUAUAUAUAUAUAUAUAGUACUGUGCAAACGUCUUAGGCCAUCAUUCGAUGUUGUUAGCAAUGGUAUAAUGACCAUAUAUAAUUACUUCUCAGUCUCUUAAUUAGAAUGUAACCAGAAAAUACAAGAAAUUUGUAUGCAGUAUUAAAAAACUGAAAAAAAAAAAAG